AUGGCUUUUAAAUACCAUCACGAAGCAGCUGCACAGUUAUACGACAAAACUUGCACAACAAUAUUAGAAGAUGGGUCGAAAUGUCUACAACUACAUUGUCCCCAUGCCGAAGAUACCGGUGUCUGUGAAGCGGGUAAUGAUGAUGAGCUAUUCAACGAUCGAUUCUGCACCGAAUGCCGUAUGAGCAUAUAUUGGUAUUUACGGGGAAAAACCAAAGAAAUGCGUCUGGAAAAAGUCGAAAAAGCGAAAACAGAAGGUAAAGAUUAUUUUAUUGCUACGGGAUACCAAAGUGACGUGGGGUGGCAAUACGAACAUGUAACAACACGCCAACUAUUUCACGAUCCCCAAGAACCCAAAACCGAAGAAAUUAUUGCUUCUGUCGGCGCACGAUGGUUAGAAAGAGAGAAAAACAAAAAGCCCGGGGAAAAACUUCAAACAACACUUACAAGCUUUUUUACUAUGAAGUAA